UAUAGAGAUAUAUCCUACUGAUCCCAUAUAUGCAGCCCAAGUAAGAUCUUUCUCUUCACCGCCUAAGUACGUAAUCCUCCUGUCACCUUUUAUCUUCUCUCUAUGUGUUUGUGUGUGUGUGUGUGUAUAUAGCUAGGUUAGCAGAGUAUGAAGUGCAAGAACAAGGGAGAGAGAGAGAGAGAUCAAAAUGCGCAUGAAAAACAUCUUCGUUUUCACGUCUUCCGGUACUUUUCUCUUGCUCCUGAUCAUCAUCUUGUUUCAUGGACCAACUAAAGCAGCUAAUGAUCAUCAGAAAGCCGGGAAAGGGAGUCGGAGAGACCGCCUUUACAUCGUGUACAUGGGAUCUGCAGCCGCCUCAUCAACAACUAGUGAUGAUGAUAUUUCUUCCCUAAGGGAUGAUUGUGCUCAGCUCCUCAGUUCUGUCGUAACAAGGAAACCAAAUGCAGUGGUGCACACUUACAAGCAUGGUUUUUCAGGAUUUGCGGCUCGUCUCUCGGAUGAAGAGGCGCGAUCCAUUGCUUCAAAGCCUGGAGUUGUAUCUGUUUUUCUAGAUCCCAUAUUGAAACUCCACACUACUCAUUCCUGGGAUUUCCUCAAGUAUCAAACUGCUAUAAAAAUCGACUCAAAUCUUAACUCUAACAACUAUGAUGCCGUGGACGGAGUUUCGUUAGCUACCGCUGAUGGAUCUGACACCAUUAUCGGUAUUUUGGACACAGGUAUAUGGCCGGAGUCGGAGAGUUUCAAUGACAAAGAUAUGGGUCCUAUUCCGUCACGGUGGAAGGGUACGUGCAUGAAAUCAGAUGAUUUCAGUUCCUCCAACUGUAAUAGGAAGUUGAUAGGAGCAAGGUUUUAUAGCACUCCUGAAUCUGAUGGCACAGUAGAGAUUGAUUCCCCAAGGGAUACAUUGGGACACGGCAGCCAUGUGGCCGGAACAGCAGCAGGGACCGCUGUACCAGAUGCGUCCUACUAUGGCGUAGCAGCUGGGACUGCCAUAGGAGGCUCCCCGGGUUCAAGGAUCGCCAUGUACAAGGUAUGCUCGGAAGCAGGUUGUCGUGGCUCCGACAUUUUAGCUGCCUUUGACGACGCGAUUGCGGACGGGGUGGACGUUCUAUCCCUCUCGCUUGGUUCAGCCAGUGGGUUUGAGCCGGAGUUGAGCAACGACCCCAUUGCGAUUGGAGCGUUCCAUGCGGUGGAGCAGGGGAUCACCGUGGUCUGCUCUGCCGGGAAUGAUGGCCCUUACCCUGGAACCGUUGUGAACGCCGCACCUUGGAUUUUGACAGUUGGCGCCACCACCAUUGACCGAGAUUUCGAGUCUGAUGUGGUGUUGGGAGGCGGCAAGGUGGUCAAGGGGAGAGGCAUAAAUUUUUCAGAACUCGAAAAAUCGCCCGUGUACCCGUUGAUAUAUUCUCUGUCUGCCCGCAAAGCUAAUGCUAAUGAACAUAGUGCAAGAUACUGCGAAGAAAAUUCCAUGGAAGCAGAAAAGAUCAAGGGGAAGAUUGUGCUGUGUGACUCCGGUGAUUAUUCGAGGGAAGGCCAGAUUGACACGGUGAAGAGUCUGGGCGGAGUAGGUGUCAUUUUUCAAGUAGACAAUCCGGGGGUAGUCGCGCGUACAUACGCAGAAUUUCCGGCAACCGUCCUCAGUUUUAAGGACGGUCAAGAAAUCCUAUCCUAUAUCAACUCAACCAGAAACCCAGUUGCAACCGUCCAACCAACAGUGACGGUGAUGAAGUAUAAACCAGCGCCCACCGUCGUAUAUUUUUCAGCCAGAGGACCUGCAUCCGGUACAAGGAAUAUUCUCAAGCCUGAUAUUGCAGCACCUGGUGUGAACAUUCUUGCACCAUGGUUGGGCAAUGAUUCGUCUGUCGCUCUCGAAGGAAAGGAUCCCCCGCUGUACAACGUCCUCUCGGGGACUUCCAUGUCAUGUCCCCAUGUUUCCGGGAUAGCCGCCACAGUCAAAGCUCAAAACCCCGCCUGGGGUCCCUCUGCGAUCAGAUCAGCGAUCAUCACCACAGCAUCUCAAACAGACAAUCUGGGAGCCCCAAUUACUACAGAUAAAAAUUCUACAGCCACACCAUACGACUACGGUGCAGGAGAAGUGACAACAACAGGACCGUUACAACCAGGGCUGGUUUAUGAAACUGGCACCGUCGACUACUUGAACUACCUCUGCUACUACGGCUACAACAUAUCACAAAUUAAAACCAUCUCAAAAACUGUUCCAAAAGAAUUUGCUUGCCCCAAGGAUUCCAAUGCUGACUACAUAUCAAACAUCAACUACCCUUCAAUAGCAAUUUCCAACUUAAAUGGAAAAGCGAGCAAGAACGUGACCAGGACGGUUACAAAUGUAGCAGGAGAUGGAGAAAUCAUUUUCACCGCUACCGUGGAUGCACCUAGCGGUCUAACUGUGAAAGUGAUUCCUGAUAAACUGCAAUUUUCGAAGAACAACCAGAAGCUGACUUACCAAGUGGUUUUCUCUCCCACAACUUCCUCUCCCAAGGAAGAUAUGUUCGGGUCUGUUACAUGGACAAACGCAAAGUAUAAAGUCCGAAGUCCAUUUGUCCUAGAUGUAUGAAAACUGACAGGAAGUACUUCAAUAAGUCAAGUUGUAACUAUCAUAGCGAUGUGUUGCCUCUGCAAUAAACAACAUCUGAGCAAGUAAUAUAGGGUAGAGUCUAAUCCAAGAAAAUACUGACGCAGACGAAGCUACUGAGAAGAUAAAACCCAUGAAUAUCUGCUAAAUGAAAUGCUAACACAAACAUAAAACCCCGCCCUGCUAAUCAAAUGCAGUCUUCAACACCACAAGAAAUCAGGAAAUUGGCAUGUCAUGAAAUGACUCCAAAUGCUAUCACAUAAAUAAAACCCACAAAUAUCUGUUAAAUCAAAGGAUUUUAAUGAAAACA